CAGGACCCCUCCAAAAGGCCCCUAGGGCCCUUCCUGCAGUGGCCAAAAGUUCUUCGAUUUUUUUCUCUCGAGCCGCAGGGUCCGAUUUAGGACCCCACAACCCGACCCUGAUGCUCCUGUCCGGGCAUGCAGCGUGUUGCACUGAUUCGCUCACUCUUCGCCUCCUCAAAAAAGCCUGCCCGGCAUCCCCUGUCACCGCGGAAGCUGGAAUACCUGACUCGGAGGGCGCAUGACAGUUUAUGGUUUGAUACCGUUAGAUUCUCUACAUUAUUCGAAACGAUGUGUCUAUAAAUGGUCACUAUGGACGUCAAGUCGCGUGCUUUGUCCCGAGCCUGGAAACUUCCACCACCCUCUCUUAAUGAACUGGGGUACCCGAAGUACAUAUUGUUUGUUGUACAACAAACCCUGUGUCCUACCUCCCUGACCAUGCAGAAUUGAAUAAUGAGAUUCCACAGAACAUUGACAUGUGAGAUAAUGACCAGGCUUCUCUCGGACGAUGAAGCAACCCAUGGGAUUCCACGAGUCUCCAGUCUCGUCUUUCAAGCAACAUUAGGGCACCCUUCAGAAAGCAGAAAACUUCUAAUCCAGAGGAUAGGUAGACAUCUUGAAAGUUGCUUUGCCUUCCCUAAGGUGCCUUGGAGUACCUAGAGCCUCAUGAACUCUUUGGGGGAUACGGUAGAAUCAGUAAAAUGAUUAGUGUGAUUGGUCAAUAAACCACUACUGCUUUAUGGAAGUCUAAAAGUGGGACCGUUUAACUCACAACCUUACCUCCGUGUUCAUGGACUGAAGCAUCAACAACUAAUCUUGUUGUUGUGACUUAAAAAAACAUUUCAACACCUUUGAACGACAAGAAGCCAAUAUUGAACGGAAGAAACUGUACGGCCCUAAAAACUCAAAAGGAAUUAAAAAACUCGACCUCCUUGGCAUCGCAGUUAUCAUCAUCUUUCUUAUCUGCUGCGUCAGUUCCACAUCUGCUUACCCUAAUCUCAACUCGUUGUCAUGGAAUAUUAUGGGUGAGACCACAAAGAUCCAGAAGGGCAAGGUGUCAGCCAACCGCAAUAGCGAGGCACGCCGUGAGCAGAACCGUCUUGCCAGCCGAAACUAUCGCGAAAAGCGGAAACAGAAACUGGCCCUGCUAAAUGAGCUUUUGGAGCCCAGUAACCUUUCUAGUAUCACCGGUAAUGGUCAUAUAGAUGAUGUUCCGGGUCCCAGUGGUUCGAGUGACACCGGCGCUCCUCCAUUGCAAGGCCAAACAUUGUCUAGCGCCCCUCUGACUAACCAUCUCAUACCAUUGGAUCUUAAUAGAUUCGAUGGCACUGGACCUUAUUUUGUGCCGCAAACUUGGGAAGAUUUUACCCAGGAGUCGGUUCCAACGGUCAUUUCUAACCAACUGGUACCGGAAUUUCUGCCAGUACUUAACAAAGGCAACCCUCCCAGCCUUGGAUCUCACGACCAGUGGGAAGAUGUCAUGCCUGGGCUUAUACAACAAUCCUCAACGUUUACAGGCCAACCCCCAGCAGACUACAUGGGCUAUAGGGCCAUAGAAGAAGUCUUUGAGGAUAGUCCAGACUCUGACCACAGCAGCUCUCAAGGAGCCUCAAGCAAUGACGAUGGUUCCCUGAAAGACGUCCUAUACGGUGUAGAGAGCCUCAGCAUUGAACAGAAACGAUCUCUUCUUCGUCAUCUACAACAAGAUAUCCGAGGACCGAAAUCUCCGUCUUCUUCACAAAACAUACUGCAUCAGACUCCUGGUCAACUUCAAGCUAUCCAAUUUGCCAAAGCAUUGUACAAGACAGCAAAUGCGAGACCAUCGCUUUUCCCAGCACAAUACACAAUGGAGCCGGGGAUAUUUGGUGCAAUAUUCGCAAACUGCUACGCUCUCGGUAUGCGGGGUGUAGACGAGAUACUCCAUGAUAAUGGUUGCAGUGUGUUCUCUGUUACCCCGGACGAAGGCCACCAUCCAUCAAAACUGUCCUUUGUGAAGUCAAGAUUCCUGGAUGUAUCAUCUGAUCUUCAACCGAUUGAGAAACAGUUAACGUUUGGACAUCAUCCUUAUAUUGAUGUUAUUCCGUUCAAAAUCUUCCGUGAGAAUCUCAUCACCGUUCUCGAUCAAGAUCCUAAUGCCAUUGAUGAAGGGGCUCUGUGCCAUGAUAUUCUUUCCGGCGGUUUCACAUGCUGGGGAGCUGGGAGGAACUCACAUGGUAUGGGUGCAGGUGUGCCGUGGGACUCACGUAGUUGGGAGCCCAGUAUAUGGUUUUUAAUGAAGUAUCGUGCUUUAGCAGGUGAGUGGGAUGGUGAGCUGUGGAAGAGUGCUCGGUGGUGGCAUAGUGCUCGAGGGGAGAGAAUACAAAUAUCGCAAGAAAUAAAUAUAGGCAGCAACAUGUUUCAAGGUACACCAAGGCGAUAGAUAAUACACAACUGCUGACUUCACAUUACCAAGGAAUAUUGACCAAAAAACAGUCUGAUAUACCAUGUCAUAUAGUAUUACAAGAAAGUGCUACAAGACAGGUUGAGGAUAUAAAACACGAGUAAGGAUAUGGUAUCACGAAAAGUGCCUUACCAGACAAAGACCAGGCAUUCAAAACCUGACUGCCGACCCAAGCUUCGAAAAUAAGAACAUGAAAAGGGGAUACACGCAUGAGGCGAUUUUCAUCACGCCCCUUUACACCAAGCAUAGUUUAAUGGUCCUUCGCAAGGCUUCAAGAAAAGCCGCGCUGAUGCUCGUUCCAAUGGUUCUCCAACAUGCUAUGCGUUAUGAAAACAAAUAUUUGAAUUUGGCCCUCAAAAGGCAUCCUCGAAGGGGCAAUCCACGCUGUCAUGGCCGUCACGCUCACAUAGAGCACACCACUUCUCGGGGUCCAUGAUGCCACUCUCCUUGCCAGCAACGGGGCCUGACUCCAUGGGGUUCGGCAUGAUCUUAACUGCAGGAGAGGGAGGUCCGGCAUUCUUGAGUCUGAAUGGCGUGAGAGGCGCAGGGGCAUCAUCACCUGUAGGGGUAUGAGGCUUAAGCUCCUCGCGGCUGGCCUUCUUGAUGGCCUUGGACUCGCCGUUGGUCUUAGCACCAUCAGGACCGAACAUGUUGGUGCAGGUUAGGAUGUCGUGACCGUUAGUCUCACAGAUCUCACACCAGAGGGUGCUAGUCUCAGUAGCAUUGGAGUAGUCGUCACUCUCUGGCAUUGUGUCGAGGGUGCUGACCCGCUUAUGUGUAGCGGUACUGGAUCUCUUGAGGUUCUCGACUGGUCGGUUCUCCAUUGCCUGAGCCAUAACGACGGUGUCUCGGGAGUCUCUGAAAGAAGACCUGUUGGCUGCUGUACCGUUCUGACGGAUUGAUUCAAGCUCCUUCUCGAGUUCGUCCUCGCGGCUGUUCUUCUUUUCAAGGAGAGAUUGGAGCUCAGCAACUUGUCGCUCGAGAUUGUCGCGCGCGAUCUUAUUCGCCACAACGUCUUCGGCCAUCAAUGAACCAGGCCUUGGUGCAGGGGGCUUGGGCUCCCCAGGAACAGAGUCUCUGCUGAGGGAAUGAAUGAUGGCUUUGAGGCCUCUAAUCUCAUCAUCUUUUUGCUCAAGCUCUUUGGAAGAUACUGUAUGAUCGCCAUUUGCCGGAGGAGCUGACGAAGCCUUUUCACGUUCGCGACGCAAUUCCGUCCUUGUUCGCUCAACCUCUCCGCGCAAGAACUCAACUUCCCCUCGAGCUUCUGCUUCACCCCGACGAGCGUCCUCUAAACCUUCCUCGAGUUCUUGGACCAGUUCUUCCAGUUGCUUUAGUUGGGUCGCCACAGAAUCGACGUCUAGGUUACGUGACUCGAGUUCUCGAACAUCGGCCAUCAGCUCCUCUAUCCGUUUCUCGUACACGCGCUCCGUUUCGGUGCUGGCAAGCUCCAGAGUGUCGAUAGUGCUCCGGAAGUCAGCCCGAUGAGCGUCAAACUCUGCUGUGAGCAUGGCAAUCUUGUCGUUCUUUUCUCUCAGCAGUUGGCGCAGCUGCGCUGUGUCCUUGUUGUCCCAGCUGUUUCGUUGCACCGCCGGCAUGUCUGCUUGCUCCAUAAGACCUUGCAGUUCAACUAAGCUACUCUCCAUGUCGGCUAAUGUAGCGGAUUGCUCCUUUAGUUGCCGAUCGCGAUCUUCAAUCUGUGAUCGCAGCCGAUCGAGUUCUUCAUCAUUAACGUUGAUACGCGACGCAGGCCGAAUCUUCAUGGCGAACGACGAGACCGACCCGGAGCUUCCGUUAGUACCGGUUCGCUGGAUUCCCAAAGGUGCGGGAUCAUCAUCAAGGCCUGAUAUCGACCCCAAGGCUGAAGCACUUCGCGGUCCAUGGCUUGGCUUCCGAUCCAUUCUCUGGGGUCUCUUACUCGGAUCACCAGAUGUACCGCGGACGCUCUGAGCGAAGCGUGACUGCGUUGGGCUCCCAUACCUGGUGGGAGUUUUGGCUGGUGUUGUCAUGGAUGGUCUUGGGCCAGGUGUCAUCUGCAUCCGGCGUACAGGAGAGUCGGGCCGGGGAAGAGAAGUUCUGGGUGCUAGCUUUUGCUGAGGACUGGGAGCCCGGGCACCGGGUCCAACAGAAGCACUGAACUUGGGGAGACCAGGUGUUGGGGAAGUGUAGUUGAGUGAGUUUUGGUUGCCAGCCCGAAGUCCACCCAUCGCGCCUGGUGUCAUGGGAAAGGGCGGAAUCGAAUCGCGGCGAGGAAGAGCCUUGGCCGCUGGUAAGAAGAUACCAGCGCCAGGGAUUGUUGUUGUGAAGUAUGAUAUGCUGUUGGCUACUGUCAGUGUCUGAAAACCCAUGAAACACUGUAUUAUUCUUACCCGUCCACAUCGCCAUCAUUUUUGCCUCGGCUAGCAAAGUCUCGGUCGAGCUCGACACCAGCAAAAACUCCCUUCUUGCCUUGCACAGGACCAACGAAACGAACAACGCCAUGCAUUCCACCAGGGACAUCAACAAUAUCACCAAGUGCAACGUUCACAGCCUGUGAGCGACCGGGCGUCGUAGGAGGCAUCAUGUUUUGUGAGGAGUCGCUCAGGACAGUAUCAACGGCGUAGCUCUCAGAAACAUCGGGGAUGCUGGCGAGGGAGCCUUGUGUGAGCUGGGCCAGGGAGCCUUUGCGCGGUAGAGGCGGCGGCGCGGCGCGCGAAUGCGAAGCGUAUGCGGACUUGAGGUUAGGGGUUGAUGCAGCGCUGUUCGGUCUUCGGAUAGCGCGUGAGGAGCUCCUGGGACGGAGUUUUGGAGUCGUUGGCCUAUGAGGAACCGUAGAUGUUGUUGUUGUAGCAGAAGGCAUCUUGGGAGGCGGCAAGGCCCAGCUGGGGCCCUUAUUUCGGUGUCGGGUACUGAUUGCGGGCGUGUCUCAUUUGUUUACACCCCACGCCGCAUCUGGCAAAAAGGGGGGCAACCUUUGUUCUCGGGGAGCAACGAGCUUUUCUUGGCUGUACUAACAAUAUUUUUAGUUCCCGUCAGGUACCGUCGGCUUUUAGCUUUGGCUUUCGUUUUAGUGGGAAUGAGCACGGGUAUUGGGUACUUGAUCGGCUGGUAGUCUGUUGCUGAAGAGCAGAGGUACCGACGGUUCUGAGGCGGUCGAGUGACGAAGGGUCUUGUCCAGGAGAAGCGGACCGGAGAAACUGAACGACGGAAGAAAUGUGACAGGAUGGACGUUGUCGCAGCGGGCAACUAGACCCGAAAUUCGAAAAGGGUGAGAUGGUGGGGAUCCAGCGAGAUGAUGGGAGUAAACGUGUCUCUGGAAAAAAGAGGGGGAUAGAGACAGAGGAUGACAAGAGUUAGGAAGCAUGCAGUUAUGGGUAGGAUGUAUGCGUGUAUAUAAACAAUCGACAGUUCGGAUAUGCAGGAGAAGUCGGCUGUCCUCAGACUCAAAGUGGAGUGAAGCUAUUGACAAAG